CAAGAAUGCUUUAAAACAGCAUGGACUGAAACAUAAAGACUCUUCAGAGGUUCAAAUGUACAGGUGUAAUGACUGCAAUUACAAAACUAAAUACCAGAGUACUAUCAAACGGCAUCAGCUGAAACAUAAAGAUCCUUCUCAAAUUCAAAUAUACAAGUGUAACGAAUGCAAUUACGAAACAAUACAUAGGAGUUAUAUCAAAAAGCACCAACUGAAACAUAAAGAUCCUUCGCAGAUUCAAAUGUACCAAUGUCACAACUGCGAUUACAAAACUAUAAAUGAAAAUACUAUGAAACAGCAUCAAUUGAAACAUAAAGAUCCUUCUCAAGUUCAAAUGUACGGAUGUAAUGACUGCAAUUACAAAUCUAAAUACAAGCAACAUAUCAAACGGCACCAACUAAUACAUAAAGAUUCUUCACAGGUUGAAAUGUACAAGUGUAGUGACUGCGAUUAUGAAACGAAAUAUAAAAAAGAUAUUAAAAAUCACGUUUUGAAACAUAAGAGGCCUUCACAAGUUUGGAUCUAGUAUUUGUGAUUAUGAAUCGAAGUUGAAAUGUAUAUGUGUAUGACUACAAUUUCUAAACUAAAUACUGGGGUUAUUUCAAUCAGCACCAACUGAAGCAUAAAGAGCCUUUGCAGAUUCAAAUAUACAGUGUAGUCACUGGUUAUGAAUCCAUAUAUCAUUAAAUAUCACGUCCUUCUUAAAUGCAAAUGCACUGUGAUUUGCUAACAAGCAGGUGUAAGGAAUCGUUAGGAGACCUCAAUUGAUGCACGGAUAAAGUCUGCAUGUGUGAAUUACUGUCCACCAAAGUACAAAAUAUGGUCAAAAAUGGAGGCAUUUAAGAGAUACCAGGAAGGCCUACCUUGAAAAACAUGGGUUGAAAGUCGAAAAUUUGUCUUUAUAUUCAAAAUUAAUUACAUUUCUAGUAAUAUUAGAUUUUGAAAUUAAUAUUUAAUUUAAUAAAGUGCCAAAUAAAUUCAAAAGGCGAGUGAAAAAUCGAUUGCUGGCUUGUCCUUGUCCCAGCAUUUCAUUCCUAUUAAUCUUAAUGUCUCGCCCAGCAAUUUGAAGAAACCCAACAAUAGGUACAACGCCAUUCUUUGUAGUUAUUUUAGCAGUUUAGUAAUAUAGCAGUUAUGACCAGUGCAAAAAAUUAAUUACCGCUCUACUCUUGAAUGAAAUUUUGAAAUAAAAGUACUGGUCAAAA